GCAUAAUCGAUAUCUUCUUCAUUUCUCAACAAAGAGGUGAACGAACGAAACGAACCAACAAAACCCUAAUUUUGCUCUCUUCGUUCUCAAAUUCCAUUUCCCGAUUCCUCCGUCUUCAGACUCUGAUUCCUCUAACCAUGUCGUCUCGAAACUGUCGGUGGGAGCUCCUCGUCGCAGCUUCACUAACCCUAACUUUAGCUUUGAUUCACCUGGCGGAAGCAAACUCAGAAGGAGAUGCUCUCUACGCCCUUCGCUGUAGUCUAACGGAUCCGGACCGUGUUCUCCAGAGCUGGGAUCCCACUCUUGUUAAUCCCUGUACCUGGUUCCAUGUCACCUGUAACCAAGACAACCGCGUCACUCGUGUGGAUUUGGGUAAUUCAAACCUCACUGGACAUCUUGCCCCCGAGCUUGGAAAGCUUGAACAUUUGCAAUAUCUAGAGCUCUACAAAAACAACAUUCAAGGAACUAUACCUUCUGAACUUGGCAAUCUGAAGAACCUCAUCAGCUUGGAUCUGUAUAACAACAAUCUUACGGGGACAGUUCCUACUUCUUUGGGAAAGUUGAAGUCUCUCGUCUUUCUACGGCUUAAUGACAACCUAUUGACUGGUCCAAUCCCUAGAGCACUCACGGCAAUCCCAAGCCUGAAAGUUGUUGAUGUCUCGAGCAAUGAUUUGUGUGGAACAAUCCCAACAAGUGGACCUUUUGCACACAUUCCUCUCCAGAACUUUGAGAACAACCCGCGAUUGGAGGGACCCGAGUUACUCGGUCUUGCAAGCUACGACACUAACUGCACCUGAGGAAAAAAACUGGCAAACCCUGAAAAGAAGAAAUGGGGGGUGACCUUGUAAGAACACUUCACCACUUUUUAUCUAAAUAUCACAUCAUCUAUUAUGUAAUAAGUAUAUAUAUGUAGUCAAAAAAAAUGAAGCGGUCUCAAUUGAGACAGACCACCCAAAAGACUCAGGUCUGUGUAUGUAAAAUUUCUAAAUGCGAGUUUCUCCUAAUGUAACAUUUGUAUUGGUAUGGUAUCAAGUUAUUUGCCUUA